AUGGCAAAAAACAAACGCGCGCUUAAUUUGCCGCACCCUGUAAUAAUAAUUUUUAGCGAUUUUUCUUGGCUAGCUUCCCAAGCCCGUCUUGGCCUAGUUAUUGAAAUAGGCCUUCUAUUUGGCAUUGUAUUCAACACAACAAUACUUUCCGCCCUUCUAUACCAAAUUAGACACAAUUUAUCAACAGCAACAAUUUUAUUUAUUUUCAAUAUUUUAUUUUCCAAUGUUUUGUUUGUGGCUUCUUUUGUCUGUUUAUUUUCUAAUAUGUUAUCUGACAGUGAUUAUCAACAAGAAAAACCGAAUGAGGAUGUAAGGAAUGUUUUAGUGAAAAGAAAUCCUUAUCAGACAGAGAACUUCCUCUCAUAUUGA